AUGGCCGACUCUUUAAUAAUUCGACUUGCGGUAUUUGUGCUUUGUAUUUUAUGUGGAUGUGUCGAUUGUGAAUUUGAAAACAAUGUUCUGAGAUCAGCAGCGUUAAGAGUCAAUAAAGAUAGGAUUUCAGUAAGUAAACAAUCCUUACGUGAGAACGUACCCGAAGAUUUCCACACUCUGACAGACUUAAGAAGAUGGACCAGUUCUGAGAAAGGAAAUCUUGGAGCUAGUAUAGGAUUCUACAACGUAUCUGAUAGCUGUUUUAAUCACACUCAGCUUCUUGUAAACGGGAUAGCAAACGGACAUGAAUGGGCUCUGUUAUUUCUUGAUGCAUUCGGGAAAAUACCGCCCGGAUUUCUGGACGGCAAUCUCUUCUUUCUUGGAUCCUACGACGAAUGCUUAGAGAUCAGGUAUGACAACUCUACAGACCCAGGGAAUAUUUUCAGAGGACAGCAUUGUACAGCCCGAAUCCUGGUGGGAGCAUCAGAGGUUUCAUCGAUGAUGAGUUUUCCGGGCAUUACUUUAGGUGUAUGUUUUCCUAGUACAUGUUCUGCGUAUGACGUAAUGGCAUAUAUAAACACAGGACUGGCAUCGAUAUCGACCGGAAACGGAAGUCGGCCAUUGUUUGCCUUCAUUGAAGACUGUCACGUGGAGGGAGAAACUUUUGAUUACGAUGCUAAAGCCAUCGGCGCGUUUAUUCUGAUCGGUUUUAUCAUGCUACUGAUGCUGAUUGGUACUACCUAUGACGCUGUGGUGUAUCAUUGGGGACCAUGGUCACGUGCUACCCUUGUUGAUUAUCCCUUGACACCUGAACGAACACUUUCGGAGAAGACACCGCUAGUAGGAGACACCAAACCGUCCUAUAGUUACGUUGGACAACCAGGUAUUCUAGGCCGACUUCUUUUAAGUUUCUCUGUCCUCUCAAACAGUGAAAAGCUCCUUAGUACAACACAGGCACCGGGUUCCCUGACAGCAAUCAACGGCAUCCGGGUUCUCAGCAUGUUCUGGGUCAUUCUGGGUCACUCAUACGUUUUCCCGCAAGGAAUUACAAAUAAUUAUGGAAAGUUUGUAACAAAGAUGGCAGAUCGACUUUCGUUUCAAGCGAUUAUGAAUGCCCUUGUAUCAGUGGAUACAUUUUUUGCACUGAGUGGGCUUCUACUUUCUUACCUAACACUCAGAGAAAUGAAGAAGAACAACGGGAAGAUAAACUGGGCGAUGUUCUAUUUCCAUAGAUUUUGGAGACUCACUCCUGCGUACAUGUUAGUGUUGAUGGUAAAUGCCUGUUUGUCCCGAUACUGGGGUGAUGGGCCGUUUUGGCCGAAGGAUGGCUUUGAACGGAACUACUGCGAAGAUUCUUGGUGGAAAAACCUGCUAUAUAUUAAUAAUUUUUUCGACAGCUCAGAUAUGUGCUUAUCUUGGUCAUGGUACCUGACUAAUGAUAUGCAGUUCUUUGUCCUGAGCCCUCUGAUGCUAAUUCCGUUAUACUUAUCCCAAUACAUUGGGUUGGCAGUGUGCAUUAUUUUUCUAUUGGGUACCAUGACAGCUACAGGUAUUAUCAGUACCACUGAAGAUUUACCUGUGACGAUUUUCUCCCCGAACUCAGACCCAGCGAUGUUUACGUCGUAUUUCGAGCAUUAUUACAUGAAACCGUAUUGCCGAAUGGGCCCAUACAUAGUAGGAAUAAUAACAGGAUAUCUUCUGUACAGGACAGAAGGGAAAUACAGAAUUAACAGAGCGGUAAAUUUGAUGUGUUGGGUCAUUGCCGCUGCUCUUGCUUGUUUUUGCCUCUAUGGUGUGUAUGAAGAAAACAGGGGAACUAAAGAAUUAAGUACAGAGGUCCGAUCUCUUUACAACACUCUUCAUAGGAGCAUUUGGGGUGCUUGCGUAUGCUGGGUCAUAUUCUCAUGUGCAAAUGGAUAUGGAGGGUUUGUGAACCAGUUGCUAUCGUGGAAGGCGUUUUUGCCGCUUGGUCGGCUGACAUACUGCGCUUACCUUGUGCAUCCUAUUGUGUUGUAUAGUAUUAUAUACAACCGCCGUUUCGCACUAUACAUGGACGACACCACGAUGGUCUUCCUGUUCCUUGCAACUUUACUAGCAUCCUACUCAGUUGCUUUUGUUGUGUCCCUCGCAUUCGAGUCGCCUAUGAUGGGAUUGGAAAAAGUCGUAUUUAACAGAAAUCGACGAUCCUGA